GUAAGUGAACGUCAGCCCUUUCGGGAAACACACGCGGAGAGGGCAGGCGGGCGGAGUGAGCGGCGCGGCCAUCGGCUUGUUACCGGCCAAGCCACAGCCUGCUCCCAGGACUCCUCCCGAUCCGCGCACUAACAGCCUCGGAGGAGCCAGCGAGGCAGGGAGGGAAGGAAGGAAGGAAGGAAGGAGGGAGGGAAGGAGGGAGAUAGAGAGGAAGAAAGACACGUUAUUUUUAAGCCCAGCAACAUUCUCAGUACGGCCAUGGAUUCGAAAGACGUGGCGGAUUACGCCCCUGAUUGCUGGGAGCUGGCGGCCGACACGGAUGUCGAGGCCCAGAUGAACAACUCUUUUUCUAAGCUCAAUGUGAACGCCAAGCCGUUCGUUCCAAACGUCCACGCAGCAGAAUUCGUCCCCUCGUUUCUGAGGGGUUCGGACGAGGCCGCGGAGUCGCCAGAAGGACCUGAUGAUACAGAUCCCAGCAUGGAAGUUUCAGAACCUGCUGCGCUAGUGGAAAAUGGAGAUACAGAAGCAGGGUCUGAAGAAUCAUGGGAACAGAAAGCAGAACCAAGUGAAGCAGAACCAGGUGGCGAUCCUGCAGGCGACGGGGGUCCACCUUUGGCUGCUCCAGUCGAAAUGGAAGAGGAAGAGGAGGUGUCUUCACCAAAGGUUGCAGUGGUAGAGCCAGGUGCUCCAAGGAAAGAACACGUGAAUGUUGUAUUCAUAGGUCAUGUAGAUGCUGGAAAAUCCACUAUUGGUGGACAAAUAAUGUAUCUGACAGGUAUGGUGGACAAACGAACACUGGAGAAAUACGAAAGGGAAGCCAAGGAGAAAAAUAGAGAAACAUGGUACCUGUCCUGGGCCUUGGACACAAAUCAGGAGGAGAGGGACAAGGGAAAAACAGUUGAAGUGGGUCGUGCAUAUUUUGAGACUGAGAAGAAGCACUUCACCAUUUUAGAUGCACCAGGUCACAAAAGCUUUGUACCAAAUAUGAUUGGUGGUGCAUCUCAAGCUGAUCUUGCUGUACUGGUCAUCUCAGCCAGAAAAGGUGAAUUUGAAACUGGCUUUGAGAAAGGUGGGCAAACACGAGAACAUGCUAUGUUAGCAAAAACGGCAGGAGUCAAACAUCUGAUAGUUCUCAUCAAUAAAAUGGAUGACCCAACAGUAAACUGGAGCCAAGAUAGAUACGAGGAAUGUAAAGAAAAACUGGUUCCAUUUUUGAAGAAAGUUGGUUUCAAUCCAAAGAAGGAUAUCUAUUUUAUGCCUUGUUCUGGACUGACUGGUGCCAACCUAAAAGAAAGAGCAGAGAACUGCAUGUGGUACAUUGGUUUACCAUUUAUACCUUAUUUGGCCAAUUUGCCACAUUUCAAUAGGGUCACUACGGGACCCGUGCGGGUACCAAUUGUAGAUAAGUAUAAGGAUAUGGGUACCGUGGUUUUGGGCAAACUAGAAUCUGGACUAAUUGGAAAAGGACACCAACUUGUUAUGAUGCCAAACAAACAUAAUGUUGAAGUUCUGGGACUCUUGUCUGAUGAUGUGGAGACUGAUUCAGCAGAUCCAGGGGAAAAUCUGAAAAUACGACUGAAAGGAAUUGAAGAGGAAGAGAUUCUGCCAGGAUUCAUUCUGUGUGAUCAUGGCAACCUUUGUCACUCAGGACGUACUUUUGAUGCACAGAUAGUUAUAAUUGAGCAUAAAUCCAUCAUCUGCCCAGGUUACAAUGCAGUGCUGCACAUCCAUACUUGCAUUGAAGAAGUUCAAAUAACGGCCUUAAUCUGUCUGGUGGAUAAGAGAUCUGGAGAAAAAAGCAAGACGCGGCCUCGUUUUGUUAAACAGGAUCAGGUUUGCAUUGCUCGUUUAAGGACAGCAGGCACAAUCUGUCUUGAGACCUUCAAAGAUUUUCCUCAGAUGGGGCGUUUUACCUUGCGAGAUGAAGGUAAAACCAUUGCAAUUGGAAAGGUCCUGAAGUUGAUCCCUGAGAAGGACUGAAGAUCUACAAUCUAAUGCUGCACAAUACUGUGAUGAAAAAGGACUCAGCAACAGCCUACUUCACGCCUUCUUUUCUUGGUCUUCAUAAUUUCUCUGCCUAUCAAUACUUUUAUUUCCCCAUGUACUGCAAAUUGCUGUAAACAUGUCCACAUUUUACGUCAGCUUUCUCAUAUUGAGAGCUCUGCUAUGCCAUUGUUAAAGCUACCAUUUAAAAUCCUCCUUCUGAAAUCUGCUUCCUUAGAAAUACGGCAGUAGCUACCUAACUGAUGUGGACAGAAUUGCCUGCAAAAAUAAAAUUAAACCAAAAAAGUUUAUUUUAUUCUGGCAUCAUUCUCUUUUGUGCAUUUUGGCUCACCUGUGUUUUUCAACCAGGUCAGAUUAUUCAACAGAUCAGUGUGAGUGUCCCUGUGUUAGAAAGGUCUGGAGAGACAAUAAAAUCAAUUUGAAAUA